UUUUCUGGACAUGCAAAAAAUUAGCAGUUGCGAUCUUACUUGCUACUGGAGAGCUCGCCGAGUCCUGGGAGAGCAGCUUAGCCUGCGCAUCUUCAGAUGGACUCAGAAUUUGCGACAAUGGUACCGAUAUAUCAGCAAUUAUACGCUGUUGAAUGGAAAGGAUGUGACAGCAGUGGGCAUCCCUAUACUCAGACCUAAAAAUAUGGAUCCAGCCUUGCGUUUAUGUUACCAGAUAAUUUCUUUAACUGUCUGGAUUGGGCUAAGCAUAGCUAUGAUUGUAAUGGGAGCCAUAUAUAAAAAUGACUGUCCUAUCCAGCCUUAUAUACCCAUCUUUCUGUUGGUAACUGGCAUCACACACUUGGUUGCUAUUUUCGUAUUAUUUCUAAGAAUUGUGUUGGAGACAUGUAGCCUUGUUCUAGAAGCUUUGCUUGGAACGUUCAGCUUUGCAUGGUUUAUAGCAGGUUGCGUUUGGGUGUUUAAGCUGUACAAUUAUUAUGAAGGAUUUUGUAACCAAAGCCUUUACUUAUUUGCUUUUGGAAUCCUAAUAUUUGAAUGUGUGAUGAUCUUCUUAAGCAUGAUUGCUCCAUGUUUUGGCUGUUCAACAAGGACACUUCUUUAUGAGAGGUAACCCUAUUGGAUUCUACUGGACAAGUGGAUGUGAUCGGCGUGGGAUGUAGAUUUGAUUGACAAGCGGAAAAUUCUAAAUCAAGCAAAUUAGUACAAGGAUACAAAUUAUAAUGGUUAAAGGAAACAAACACAAAUCCUAAAAUUAUUAAAAUCUGAUAACUUAUAACAAUAAAAUGUGUAUGUUGUUAUUAUGUGGUUUCUUUUCCUGCUGGUUGUUUAGAUUUGUGUUUAUGGAUAUUCAUUUUGUGUCAGAAGAUCAUUGUAGUACAUUUUGACCUAGAAUAUGUAAAUAUUAAACCAAAUGCUACUAAA